AUGGGUUCACCACGAAUUCAAAGUUUCAAACGGCAAACGGUACUUCACAAGGGACAGAGAACCCGCCUCCCAGCCACCUACAUUGCUCCCGAAGAUGUUUCAAUUUGGGAUAUCAUUCGUCCAAAUCUUGGAAAAGAUUUCUCUCGAUUCACGGUUCCCGUUUUUAUGAAUGAACCACUCAGUUUCCUUCAACGCCUUUCGGAAAACGUUCAGUACAAUUAUCUACUCGAAAAAGCUGCUAAAUGUGAGGAUGAGAUGGAAAGAAUGGAGUACGUAGCUGCAUUUGCGUUGGCUACAGUAUCAGCUAAUCACAAGAGAAUGUCAAAGCCAUUCAAUCCAUUGCUUUUGGAGACUUUUGAACUAGAAAGAAAUGGUGUACGUUUCCUGGCCGAACAGGUAUCCCAUCAUCCUCCCAUCUCCGCCGUCUACGCAGAAUCCGACGAAUUUACCGUGGAGGGUACCGUUGAACCGACGCUCAGUUUCUGGAUGACCAAAUUGAUUGCCAAUCCACACGCUCACCUCAAAUUGACUUUCAAAAAGACCGGCGAGAAAUUCACUUGGUCGGCGCCAAAGUGCGCCAUCUACAAUGUGAUAAUGGGCAAGAUGUACAUGAACUUUACCAGUCACAUGAAAAUCGAAUCAUCCGGAACCUAUGACGCUGUGUUUUCAUUUGACAACAAGGGAUACUACAAUCAUAAAGGAGGUGAUGUCCACGUGGAAGGACACAUUUUUGAGGGAAAGAAUAAGAUCAAGGCGUUGUAUGGAAAUUGGACACUUUUCUUGGCUUCUUGCGAUCAAGAUGAUUUCAAGCAUCAUCGAAAGGAAUAUGUGCAACUGUUCAAUGAAUCGAUCCAUGAGAAGGAUAAGGGACCAGUGAUUCCUGGAUCCAAGAUUCUAUGGGUUUCCAAUCAGAUUCCAAAAUUAUUCGAAGAUCAAUUUCACUUUACGAAUUUCACGUUGUCGUUGAAUGAAAUGUAUGCAGGAAUGAGUGAAAAAGUGGCACCAACUGAUAGUCGUCGGAGAAAAGAUAUGAAGGCGUUGGAGGAUGGGAAGAAUGAUGAGGCUGAGGAGUUUAAGCACAAGUAUGAGGAAGAGCAAAGGGAGCGAAGAGCCAAUAAGACUGGAAAUGUUCCUAUGUGGUUUGCAAAAGACGAGGAUGGUCAUUGGAGCUACAACGGGGAUUAUUGGGCACGCGAGUUUUCGAAUUGUCUUGAUUUGUUCGAAUCUAACGAUAACAAUAAUAGCACUCGCUCCAACUCAUCUUUAUCGUCAUCUUCUUCAUCUGCUGAUUGA